CGCAACCUUGUGGCUUCCAAAUUUUUAAUAAUUGUUGUUAAUAAUUACAAAUUUUUGCCAAAAUUUGUUGGAAUUGUGGGCGAGUUGUUCAUUUCGUUACGGAAUUAGCGACUGUGGCUAUUAUGUAAAGCGGCGACGCUAAAAAUAUCACCCAUUUUUAGGUUAGGUGUCAUUCAUCCUACACCUUCUCUAUAAAUAAAAAUUAGGGAAAGCAUGCCUUAGAGUGGAGAUUUAGUUAACAAAAAACAGCCACAACUCACACGGAAAAUGGCACUCCUGGGAGCCCAGUUGGUGAUAACUUUAGUCAUGAUCAGUGUAAUUCAGAAACUGGGCCCCCAUUUCUCGUUUGCACGGUGGCUGCUGUGCUCCACCGGCCUGAUUCGGUAUCUUUACCCCACCGACGCCGAGCUGAGACAGCUCGCUAGUAUUCCCAAAGACAAAGCGAAGGCGAAAAAGGGGGCGAAAACUCAAGCAAAUGGGAAGGCAAGUGCUGAAACUUUUCACGUACCGAGGAGCUUGGAUGUGCAGUUAGAAACGGCCAAAGUGACACGAUUGGAUGUUAUACAUCUACGAUAUUACACUGAGUAUCAGUGGCUUGUUGAUUUUACAGUGUAUGCUGUUGUUGUCUAUGUUAUUACUGAGGUUUAUCAGACGUGGUUUCCUUUGAAGGACGAAGUUAAUCUAAGCAUGAUGUGGUGCGCUUUGGUUUUGUUGUUUUCAGUAAAAUUGCUGCUGUCUUUGACGGUGCAGUACUUCAAAGGUGAAGAAUCAGUGGGUGAACGCUCCACCUGCAUAGUGAUGGGUUUUAUCUAUCUAUUAAUAGCAAUGGUGAUUUUAAUAGUGGACGAAAAUACACUAGAAUUAGGUCUAGAAAACGCUUACAAUAGUUUUAACCAAAGCGCGUCUGCGUUUCUCACCAAACAGGGUUUAAAUUCAUCGGGUCCAGCUUCAAAAAUCGUUCUCAAGUUUUUUCUGGCCUUGUGGUGCGGGAUUCUAGGGUCACUUUUAACUUUUCCAGGUUUAAGAGUAGCCAAGAUGCAUUGGGACCUACUCAAGUAUUUUAGGGAACGUAAAUUAGUCCAGAUUUUAUUGAAUCUCAGUUUCGCUCUUCCGUUUAUUUUGGUGAUUUUUUGGAUUAAACCCGUAGCUAGGACUUACUUGACUGUUAGGGUUUUUUCAGGGAUGUCGCACCCACUAUUAACACCUCACGCAUUUGAAACCUUGAGGAUCGUCAGUAUUGUACUAACGGUGGGUAUCAGAUUAGUACUCAUGCCGUGGUACCUCCAGGCUUACUUAGACAUGGCCUACAAUAGAACCCAAGAACAGAAGAAAGAAGCGGGUAGAAUCACUAAUAUAGAAUUUCAGAAAAAGAUCGCAGCUGUGUUUUACUACUUGUGUGUGGUAACCCUUCAGUACGUCAUUCCUAUAAUAAUGUGCCUAAUUUUAUCCUUUAUGUAUAAAACUUUGGGAGAGUACACCUGGAGCGGGUUAUUUAGAGAGCCCCCGGACCCCAACGAGUGCCCCAUCACCCCUCCAAGUCAAUCGAGUUCAAUCGAUCCGUUUAGUUCGAGCGAAUCUAUCGCACAAUCAGCAGCCGAAUUUCACCUAGCACUCGAAAAUUUAAAAUCGGUGUUUUCAGCUGAAGUGUUUCGAGGACUACUAGGAUUUUCAACGUGGUGGUGCUGUUUUGUCUACUUUGCCACUACUUCAGUGGGACUUAUAUACCAAACGUAUUUCUCUGCUAUUUAAUUGGUUAAGAGAGUAGCCAGACCUAAGAGUGUUUGAUAUUGACGUUUUUAUAUAAGUAUACAAGUGAUUGUUGUGUUUUAAUUGAUUACAAAUAAAGUAAAUUAUUGAUGUGUUUGA